CCCAUCUUUACUUUAGUAUAUUUCAGCACUGUAAAGUGCACGUGGUUUGCAUAUGCGUUUUUAUUCAUAUCAUUAAUAACAUUUGUUCUGGAUAGCUAUGUUAUAAAUUUAUCACAUAAUGGGCGCAACAAAACAAGAAACACAUCGUCCAGGUGCGCUUAAACAAACUAAUAAGCAGCACAAGACUGGAAGGCAUCGUAGCAAAAGUGCUAUUAAUAAUGAACAAAAAGGUAAACAAAAUGUUGUCAAGAUGUUAUCAAAACAUUUGAAGAAGAAUCUAGGAAAGGAUGCACGUAGACACCAGUUGUCGCAAAUUAGGAAGAAGAAACGUGAGGAAAUAUUAAUACAAAAAAGAAAACUUAGUGGAUCUAGUUUACCUCAUCUUAUCUCUAUCAUAUCAUUACAUAGUAACACAGAUGUUAAUGAUAUAAUAUCCACCAUAAAAAGCAUGGAAGAAAUUGAUAAUAUUGUUAUUAAUUCAUGUGGAAUAAUGCAUAUAUGUACAAAGUUCAAACAGCGAUUUUCCAUCAUUGUACCACCAAUGGGUAAUGUUCUUGCUACUUUGGAUGCAGCCAAAGUAGCUAACACAAUACUUUUUGUAACCUCUGUUACAAGUGAGACAAAUGAUACAAAGAGAGAAGCUAUAGACGAUUGGGGCAAAGAAAUUAUUAUAUCUUGUCUUGCGCAAGGUUUACCUGCUACUAUUUUUGCAGUGCAUAAUAUAAAAAAACUUCAUAUUAAAAAACGUCAAGAAUAUAAACAAUUUCUGCAAAGUAUGGUCUCAAAAUGGAUUCCUGAAGAAAAAGUGUUUGAACUUGAUACUGCAGCUGAUUGUAUAAAUAUAUUACGUCGUGCUGGAUCACAGAAAGAAAGAAGUAUAUUUUAUAGAAAUAAAAGGCCACACCUUCUGGCUGAAAAAUUGUCUUUUAAGUGUGAUGGAGAUUCUGAUUUUGGGACUCUCUCAGUGACUGGACAUGUACGGGGUUCACGACUUUCGGUGAAUAGUUUGGUUCAUAUACCAGGCUUUGGAGACUUUCAGAUGAACUGUAUUAAGUAUCAUAAAUAUCCACAUCCAAUUGAAUUUUUCGAACAUAAAAACUACCCUAAAAUGUCCAAGAUGGAUAUGCCUAUAGAGACAUGUAUGCAAGGUGUACAAUAUGCAGACCCUAAUAAACAGGAAUCUCUUGAAAGUGAAAAUAUUCCUGAUCCAAUGGAUGCUGAACAAACGUGGCCUACGGAGGAAGAGUUGGCUGAAGCAGCAGCUAAAAUAAAGAAAAAAAUUGUAAAAAUUGUACCAAAAGGUACUUCUGAAUACCAAGCUGCCUGGAUACCGGAUGAAGAUGCAGAGACUUUUAGCGCUGAUUCUGACAAUGAGUCCGAAGACUAUAUGUCUGCAGAAGAAGCAAAGUCUGUAGAUACAGAUAAUGAUAAAAAUAUAGAAGACAAUGAAGAAUAUGAAACUAUUACGAUAUCGGAAGCACCGAUGGAUGAAGAACGUUACGAUAAAGAUAUUGAUAUGCUGGAAGAGAAACAAGCUAUAGAGAAAUUGAAAGAAGCAAAAUUGGAUGCCCAGUUUCCUGAUGAAAUGGAUACACCUCAAGAUAUAUUAGCUAAAACGAGAUUUCAGAAAUAUCGCGGACUUGAAUCGUUUCGUACUAGUCCGUGGGAUCCGAAAGAAAAUCUUCCCGCCGAUUAUGCUCGAAUAUUUCAAUUUGAAAAUUUCGAUCGCACGCGGAAACGUGUAUACAAAGAACGCGAUAAUAUUAAUGAAGGUGCUCAGCCGGGCUGUUACAUAACAAUGGAUAUUCUUCGCGUUAGCAGUGAAAUUUUUAAGGCAUUUACUACGGUGGAAAAUCAACCAUUAGUGAUAUUUGGUUUACUUCCGUAUGAAAACAAAAUGUCCCUUCUGAAUAUAGUGUUGAAGCAUUCAAAUAAUUAUGUACAGACGGUUAAGUCGAAGGAUAGAUUGGUUUUUCAAUGCGGAUUUAGGAGAUUUGUGGCGUGCCCAAUAUUUAGCCAACAUACGAACGGUACUAAACACAAGUACGAGAGGUACUUCCAUCCCGAAAGUACCAUUGUGGCGAGUAUGUACGCACCAAUUACAUUUCCACCAUGCCCAACUCUUUGCUACAUUGAAAAUAAAAACGGCAAGCUCGAAUUACUUGCAACCGGAAGUGUACUGUCUUGUAAUCCCGACAGAAUUGUUGUGAAACGAGCCGUUUUAAGCGGUCAUCCGUAUAAAGUGAACAAAAGAUCGGCAGUUGUACGUUUCAUGUUCUUUUAUCGCGAGGAUAUCGAGUGGUUUAAACCUGUCGAAUUGAGGACAAAAUAUGGACGCAGGGGUCAUAUAAAAGAACCUCUUGGUACACAUGGACACAUGAAGUGUGUGUUCAGUGGACAAUUAAAAUCGCAAGAUACAAUUUUAAUGAAUUUAUACAAACGAAUAUUUCCAAAAUGGACUUACGAACCAUUAUUGUUUACACGACCAUCGUAUCAGUCGGAAAUUAUGCAAGUAGAAUAAUUGUUAUUACAGUUAAAAUAUAAAAUAAAAAUAAAUAAAUAGUAGAAGUAAAUAGUGUU